CCAUAGCAACCAAAUAACCUAAGGCACCUGCAAUAAGAAAGCCUCCACAAAGUGAGCAGGGAUUCAGAGGAUUUGCCUCAAAUAUGGAGAUAGUCUACGUCUAUACAAAGAAAAGGAAUGAGUUUGGACGGCAGGCAAUCUUCUCUGACCGUCCACCUGAGCUGAGUAUCGACAUAAGGCCUGACUCGUCCAUGAGGAAUGACUACAUUCGCAAAGACCCUGUAGACAUUGCAGUACAGUACACCUCGGAUAUGUCAGAGCAUGAGGUGAACACUGAAAGGUUUGAGACUGAGAUCAGAGGUGUGAACCACACAGAGGGUGGCUGGCCCAAAGACAUCAACCCAGCCGAAGUUGAGCAGACCAUUAGGUUUAGGAAGAAAGUUGAAAAGGAUGAGAUCUACAUGCAAGUCAUUCAAGACCUGGGAACAAAAAUGGAACACUAUCUAAAGCAAAACAACUCGGUUGACAUAUAUGAAGAAUAUUUUGACAAGACAGAACCACUUCUCAAUGACAAGGCACCAAAUGCAAGAACCAUUAACAUACUCCGAGAUCCUAGUGACAUUAAGAGGACUGUGUCUAAUAUAUCAUGGUAUCCUGAUGGAGCAAACAAGAUUGCAGUUGCUUACUCGGCACUUGAGUUUCAGAAGACCUCGGAUGUGUUAUCAUUUGAUUCAUACAUAUGGGACAUUGAAAAUCCUAAUAAGCCAGAGAUGACUCUCAAGCCAGCAUCUCCAAUGCUAUGUCUUGAGUAUAAUCCUAAGGAUUCCCACACACUGGCUGCAGGCUGCUAUAAUGGUCAAAUAGCUAUAUUUGAUACUCGUAAGAGUUCUCAGCCAACCGAUACUACACCAGUGGAGAUUAGUCAUAGAGACCCUGUACACAAACUAAUAUACCCCUCAUCUAAGACAGGCAAUGAUAUAUUUUCAACCUCGACUGAUGGUCAGGUGAUGUGGUGGGACAUACGUAAACUCGUUGAACCGGUUGAGACGCUAGUGUUGGAAUAUCCCGGGUACAAACCAGACGUCACUCUAGGAGGAAUUACACUGGAAUAUGAAUCAACAAUGCCAACAAAGUUCAUGGUUGGGACAGAGCAAGGCGUCAUUCUCUCUGGCAAUCGUAAAGGGAAGACUCCACAGGAUAAACUAGCUCAUGCAUUUGUGGGACACUUGGGACCAAUCUACUCAUUACAACGUAAUCCAUUUUAUCCCAAGCAAUUCCUCACUGUUGGUGACUGGACAACCAAGAUUUGGUCAGAAGAUGCUAAGGAAUCUCCAAUAAUGUGGACACAAUAUAAUACUACUCCACUGACUGAUGGCUGUUGGAGUCCAACAAGGCCUGGUGUGUUUUUCACAACUUCAAUGUCAGGUUCUCUCAACGUAUGGGACCUUUGCCUCAGACAAACGGCACCAAGUCUAGCUAUACAAGUUUGCGACGAGUCCUUGCAUUCAAUCAGAGUCCAUGAGCAAGGCAGACUGGUUGCUUGUGGGUCUCAUUCUGGUGUUGUGACGCUACUGGAGCUAUCUGGGGCCCUCUCUGUCCUUCAGCCUAAUGAGAAGCACAAUAUCAAUGCUAUAUUUGAACGUGAGACAAAGAGGGAAAAGAUAUUGGAAGGAAGGAGAAGAGAAAUGAAGCUAAAAGCAAAACAAGCGGCAGCAAGUGGAGGAGGAGGAGGUGGU